UAGUUUUUUUUUUUUAUGCUAAGGUUGCUGUCCAAUAAAUUCAAUGAAAUAAUUUCUGUUAUCUGUUAGAAGAUUUCGUUUAUGUAAUCAGCUUUUGGUUUACUGCACUGUUGAACAAUUAAUUGGUAUCUACUAUCAUCCAUGAGGGGCUACUGUUCCAUUUUCUUCUGGUUUUCAAUUCUAUCCUUCACCAAAUCCUCUACUGCAGGUGACAGCUUGACACUGAAUCAGACUCUUAAAGACAACGGCCAAACACUUGUUUCCAAAGAUGAAAGCUUUGAGUUAGGCUUCUUUAGCCUCUGGAAUUCCAACAAUCGCUAUGUGGGAAUAUGGUUCAAGAAUGUUCCUCAACAAACAGUUAUUUGGGUUGCGAAUAGAAACAACCCACUUUCAGAUUCCUCUGGCGUCCUCACCAUCAAUGCCACAGGAACCAUAAUUGUACUUAGCAACCAUUCUGGAAUCCCCAUCUGGUACUCAGAUUCAACGUUGGCCUCAUAUAAUCCAGUCUUGCAGCUUCUAGAUAGUGGGAAUCUUGUUGUAAAAGAUGGUAGAAGGGGGAACUAUCUAUGGCAGAGCUUUGAUCAUCCAUGUGAUACACUGAUUCCAGGCAUGAAGCUGGGAUGGAACCUGAUAGCUAAUCAGAGCUGGAAAUUGAAUUCUUGGAAGAGUCUGCAAGAUCCAUCUAUUGGGGAUUACACUUACACACUAGACCCUCGUGGACUUCCACAGAUAGUUCUUGAUAAAGGAUCAACAAUACAGUACCGAAGUGGUCCAUGGGAUGGUAUCAGAUUUGGAGGCGGUCCUCCUCUCCAAGAGAAUGCGGUUUUUAAGCCUAUUUUCAUUUUCAACUCUACCUUUGUUUACUAUUCGUUUGUGAACAAUGUGAACAGUACAAUUUCACGGUUUGUGGUGAACCAGACAGGGUUGCUCCAAUACCUUACUUGGAACCAAAGACGCAGCGAAUGGGUUGAUAUAAUAACUCUUCAAAGUGACAAAUGUGAUCUGUAUGAUCAGUGUGGUCCAAAUGGUUUUUGCUCUGCAAAUGAGCCUCCUCUUUGCAUUUGCCCAACUGGGUUCAUACCAAAAGUACCAAAAGACUGGAAGGAACUAGACUCUUCAGGUGGUUGUAUCAGGAGAAAACCGUUGAAUUGCAGUUCCAAAACGGGAUUCAGGAAGUUUUCGGGGCUGAAGUUGCCAGAUAGUUCCCAGUUUUGGGUGAACAGGACAGCUACGCGUUCAAUCGAAUGUGAAGAGGCCUGCCUAAGGGACUGUUCUUGCAUGGCUUUUGCUAUAACUGAGGUCAGUGGCUGUGUGGUUUGGUUUGGAGACUUGUUAGAUAUGAGGUUUUACAAUGAAGGUGGACAAGAGAUAUAUAUAAGGUUGGAUGCUUCUGAACUUGAGUCCAACAAGGAUACACGAACACUGGUGAUAAUCUUGGUAUCAGUAAUUUCAGGUGUUCUGUUCGUUGCGGUCAUUUUGUUUGUUUUGAGGAGGGCUUCUAAAAGAGAAGACACUAGACCAAGUGACUCUACUCAAGAUGGCUAUCCAAAUGCCGGGGAGGAAGACCUGGAUCCACUACCAUUAUUCGACUUCUCUAUUAUUUUAUCUUCCACUAACAACUUUUACCAUGUCAAUAAGAUUGGGGAAGGUGGCUUUGGUGCAGUUUACAAGGUAUUCUUUUCUACAUCUGCAAAAUUCAGUUCGGAAAGAAAUUUAGUCACAGUAGAUUGUACACCCCUUUCAGCCAAUUGGUUGAAAUUAAGCCAUAAUCAACUACAGGGUGAACUACCAACUGGACAAGAAAUAGCAGUGAAGAGGCUAUCCAAAGAUUCAGGGCAAGGGCUUAAAGAGUUCAAGAAUGAGGUGAUCGUCAUCUCAAAGUUACAGCACCGGAAUCUUGUUCGUCUCUUAGGAUGCUGUAUUCACGGAGAAGAGAGGAUGUUAGUAUACGAAUACGUGCCCAGGAGAAGUUUGGACUUGUAUCUUUUUAAUCAAUCAAGAGGUACUUCACUUGAAUGGCAGAAACGCUUUAACAUUAUAGUGGGGAUUGCUAGAGGGCUUCUUUAUCUUCAUAGAGAUUCAAGGUUGAGAAUCAUUCAUAGGGAUCUAAAAGCCAGCAACAUUCUCUUGGAUGAUGAUAUGAAUCCCAAAAUAGCAGACUUUGGUUUGGCAAGAACAUUUGGUGGUGACCAAAGUGAAGCAAAUACAACCAGGGUCAUGGGAACUUAUGGAUAUAUGUCUCCUGAAUAUGCAAUAGAUGGGCUGUUCUCUGUGAAAUCCGAUGUCUUCAGCUUUGGCGUACUAGUUUUAGAGAUAGUGAGCGGGAAGAAGAACAGAGGAUUCUAUCAUCCUGAUCACGACCUUAAUCUUUUAGGACACGCAUGGAGAUUGUGGAUUGAAGAAAGGCCCAUGGAAAUAAUGGAUGCUUUGAUGGAGAAACCAGUUUCCACAUCAGAGUUGUUGAAAUCUAUCCAUGUAGGUUUGUUGUGUGUACAACAACGGCCAGAAGACAGACCAACCAUGUCUUCUGUUGUACUGAUGCUGGAUAGUGAGAAUCCAAUGCUGCAACAACCUAAACAACCUGGUUUCUACACAGAAAGGUUUUUGACUGAGACAGAUUCGUCAUCCACAGGAAGAAAGCCUUGUACUCCAAAUGAAGUCACAGUUACACUGUUACAUGGAAGAUAGAAGCAUAUGGCUGCUGUCUGUAUGUUUUCUUCACACAGCAUUUGAAUAUCUAUUGGUCCAAAUUCUUUAGAUGCACUGAGAGUUAAAAGUACUGGCUGAAUCCAAAAUUUAUCUCUGCUUCUGGUAGCAAAUUCAUUAUGUAAGAAACGGGUUUUAUCAUGUAAUUAAGUAAAAUUUAAUUCCAAAAUUCCCUUUGCAUUAGCUUCUGAACAGAAUAUCAGGAUUUCAAUAACAGGAGAAUAUAGUGUGAUUCAGAAUCUUAACGCACCAUUGAUUUGGAAAAUGAAGAUGAAGAACUGUGGUAACAGGGGAAAGGGUCAAUAAACUCCCUGUAUUCCAAGUCGUAAUCUCUGAAAUUCUAUCCAUUAGAUAAUUAACCAUUACCGUAAGCUCUUCAUAUGACAGAUUUCCAAACAAUGACAAUUUCCUUUGAAUUUUGUCAAGCCUGGCAUAAAUAUUUACUAGGAAUAGGCACCCAACUGAUCCUGUACAACGAAAUCUUUGUUUCUUGAUCGCGAUUCUUUCAUAUUUGAUGGGAUGUGUUUCUGAGAAUUGUUAAUCUUGAUAAUUUUGCCAAUCUAAAAGGCAACAGCUAGAUUUCAACCAACUCUUGAGCAUCUUAUGUUUCAUUUUAGUUCCUGGACAAUAAAUUUAUCCAUGAAAGUCCAAUAGCAUGAUUUCAUUUAGUUGUGGACGUAAAAUGAAAAAUAUUGCUGCACUUCUACUGUGCUGCAUUGGAUUGGUUCAAAUUGAAAAUAGUGAAAACUGGAUUGGUUAAACUUAACUUAAAAUCAAAUUGGAAAUCUGCUUGUUUGUUUCGGGAUCAAAACCAGAUAUUUUUUCCAUUUUAGAAAAAUUAAAAAUUUCUGAAAAAAUUUUCAACUGUUAAAUUUGAUCUAAUCAAAAUCGAACAAGAAGUAAACUGGAACAGGAAGGUCUAACCUAAAUGACCUGCCAACACUUGAAAGUCAAAAAGUAGGAA